UCUAUCCUCAAAAUAUUCCUGUUCUUCUUUAUGAGUGUUUUUCUUCAGAAAUUUGCAGACACACACUCUUUGCAGUGCCUCUACACUGGCAUAACACCAGGAAUAAAUCUCCCAGAGUUCACUGCUGUGGGUCUAGUGGAUGGGGAGCAGGUUGUGUACUAUGACAGCAACACCAGGAAGACGAUCCUGAAGACAGAGUGGCUCAAGAAAGUAAAUGCUCAUUAUCCAUAUUACUGGAACAGACAGACACAACAAAUGCUGAGUCACCAAGAGGAUCUGAAAACACUCUUGGCCACAGUAAUUCUACUCUAUAAUCGGACUAAAGAAGUUCAUACACUGCAGUGGAUGUAUGGCUGUGAGCUGGAUGAUGACGGCACCAUUAGAGUAUACAUGCAGUAUGGUUAUGAUGGAGAGGAUUUCGUUGCUCUGGAUCUGAGAACUGAAACCUGGAUUGCAGCCAGAUAUCACCGUGUGAUCAGCACAGCCAACUGGGUGUCUACAGCAGGUCAUGCUACAUAUUGGAAGAGCUACCUGGAGCAUGACUGUAUAGACCAGUUACAGCUGUUUCUGUCUUUUGGCAAAGAAACUCUGGAGAGGAAAGUUCGUCCCGAGGGGUCAGUGUUCCAGAAACACUUGUCUCCUUCUCCAGAGGUGGUGUGUCACACUACAGGUUUCUUCCCCAAACCAAUAAAUAUCACCUGGCAGAAGGACGGAGAGGACGUGCAUGAGGAUGUGGAGCUCAGAGAGACGUUACCCAACCAGGAUGGAAGCUUCCAGAAGAGAAGCAUCCUGAAAGUCCCAGCUGAGGAGCUCCAGAACUACACCUGCGUGGUUCAGCACAGCAGCUUGAAGAAGGAGUUAGUGCUUAGUAUUCUUGAGCAGAAAGGUCUGAGAAAUACUUUUCUAUAAAACUAUAUAUUUAAAGUGUA